GAUGCAGCAGCCAGAAGAACAAAGUAACAUCUAGUCUGAAGUGGAAUAUAGUAAAAUAUACCUCAUAUUCGCGACCAAAAUGUCCUAGUUGAAAUUACCGGUCCAUUCCGGGAAAGGUACGCGUUGAACUGGUCACAAUGAACCAUCACAUGGACAGUGAGUUUCCGGCCUUGGCGGUGGGCGCUGGUUCCACCCACCUGCCAUUGUCAGAUCUGGAAAAAUCCUCAGCCCGAAAGGCCCGCAAGGAAGCGGAAAAGCAAAAGAAGCAAGCCAAGCGGUAUGAAGAGCAACUGAAGAAGAUCCGUGGCCCGAAGAGCCAGAAGAUUCAGAUGAUCGACGAGAGCUUCCUGGAGAAGUACAACAAUGCUCAAGCGCUUCCACCGGGCCCGACCCUGAAGACGAAGAAACGGUCCAAGAAGACCCCAAGCGAUACAGUGCAGAUUAAUUUGUCCGAUUGUAUACGGGAUCGAUUGUCGUUGGUGGAGAAGGGCGAGAAUUAUGGCGGGGGAGAGAUCAAGACGCUGGUCAAACCGGUCGUUCCGAUUGUUAUAACCCAACCGAUACUACUGUUCAAGGGUAAGCAGCGAGAGGUUCCCAAGGAGAAGAAACUUUCAAAGCUGAAGAAGGAAGUUAUCAACAAUCGUAGAGUCAAGCAGGAGGACGGAGUCGGUGAGCAGUUGGAUCAGCAGCAUGUGGAAGUGGAACCGGAUGAGACGGGCGAAGCAAAUGGUCAUAAGGUUGAAGGGCCACCAUGCAGUGAACAAUUGCAAGCUUAUGAGCCUAAGUUGAGCGUCUCGCCGUUUUUAAAAGCUAUCGAACGCUGCUGCACGAAUGAGAAUGCCCUUCCACCGGCAGUCGGUUCGGAGGAGUAUCAGAACGGAUUUCCGGCAUUGAACGAUACCGUAAAGGCUAGCUCUGAUAAAAAUCAACAUGGCAGGGUGUUCAGAUCAUACUGUGAUCAUCUCAUCACGGACGAAUUGCGUGAUUUAGCAGAGAAUAUAGUCACGAAGUUGUUCCAAUUCCAGGCGAGUGCGUACGGCAAAAAUCCGAUCAAAGCGGUCAGCCACAAGCGCUACUGCGUCGGUUUCAAUGAAGUACUCAAACAUCUGGAAACGCGCAAAAUAAAGCUGGUCCUGAUCGCACCGGACCUGGAGUCCAACGACAGUAUCGACCAGCUGGUGGAGCGCGUCAAGUCCAUCUGCCGCCAGAACCGGGUGCCGUAUGUGUUCACAAUCAAACGUCGCAAGUUGGGUUUCCACCUGAUGAAAAAGGUUCCGGUAAGUUGUUUAGGCAUCAUCAACUACAGCGGUGUAGACGACACCGUCAAGCGCAUGCUGGCCAUUGCCAAACAGGAGCACAUUAACUACCGGAAUCUUGCUGCUGCCGAAGCGCAGUAGGACAAUUUCUCGAUUGCCAAAAAUUGAUAUUCUUAAUCAAACUAUAUUAAAGUAAUAUUAAAUUCCUCUGUCUACCGUAUGUCCGUAGAAUUAAAUUUUGUGUGUGUGCAAUGUGUGACGUUCAAUCGUCGGAUCUCAAGCGCAAUAUCAACAUCAGCAUGGAUCGAAUUGGUCCAUGGGCCACUCCGCUCGGGCUGUUUUCUUGGAAAUUAGUAAUCAAUACUAUAGAAUCUAUAAUCUGAUGAUUGCUAGUUACCAUACUGCAGGCCACGACGGAAGCGGCGGGGUUUAUGGGACCAUGCAAUUAUUACGUAAGAUUUGGAAGGGACAUCUUCCUACGUUUUCUUACAUGGGAAGGAGGAAUUCUCAGACAAAUUUAAAGUGUACGUGAAGAAUAAAAUUAAUAAUACAGAACAUGUUAAUGUUCGACGUAAGAUCUUACUAUGGCGGCGAAACAGAAAAAUCUGACGUAAUAAGUGUACGGUCCCUAUGUGUUAGAUGUUGUAUCAUCGGUACAAUACAAAAAAGUUGGUUGAAAACGUAAAAGACUAAGGUCAUAAU